UCUUCCUCCUUCUCCUCUUGCUCCUCCUUCCCUUCCUCCUCCUCUCCUCCUCCUCCUUUUUCUCUUCUUCCCUCUCUUCUUCCACUUCUUCCUUCCUCCUUCUCCUCGCCUUCAUCUUCCUCCUCCUCCCCAGCCCAGGCUCCCCAUUCCGGGGUCCUCCCCCGGGGGCUGCCCCUUCCCCCUGGGAGCCAGCAGGCGAGGCUGUGCCACUUCCUGUUGGGCUGGGCGAGAGCAGCGGAGGCGGCUGGCAGGGCAGGCGGGCGGAGGGGCAAGCAGGAAGAAAGUCUGCAAAGAGGGGGAGGGUCUCCCAGGCCCGCCUCCUUGACCCCCUCCACCCCCCCCACCCCUUCAAAAGCAGCCAGCCAGCCCAGCCGGCCGGAGGGCCCCCCCUUGCCCGCUUCGCUGGCGGCUGCCCAGCCAUGGCCCCCUUCCCGGCCCGCUGGCAUCGCCCGGCCGGCCGGGAGGGACCCCCCUGCGCCCCCUCCCCGAAUUAGGGGACCCCGCUUGGCAGCCAGCAUGGAGGAGGAAGAGGAGGAGGAGGAGGAGGAGGAGAAGGUCGCCUUGGGCUACUUAGACCGAGUCUUGCAAGAGGAGGAAGAAGGAGAAGAAGAAGAAGGAGGAGAGGGCACCGCGCAGGAGGAACCGGAUCCCGGGAAAGGCGUGGAGAUGCGGAAGUUGGUGCUAAAGGACUUCCUGGCCAGUGAGGAGAUGUAUAUCAGCCAGCUGGAGGCGCUGUUGUUGCCGAUGAAGCCACUGAGGGCCACGGCCACCACCUCCCAGCCCGUCCUCACCAUCCAGCAGAUCGAAACCAUCUUCUACAAGAUCCAGGAUCUCUACGAGAUCCACAAGGAAAUGUACGACAACCUCUGGCCGCAUCUGCAGAAUUGGGACAGCGAGGUGGUCCUGGGACAUCUUUUCCAGAAGCUGGCUACACAACUGGGGGUCUACAAGGCUUUUGUGGAUAACUAUAAAAUUGCACUGGAGACCGCCGAAAAAUGCAGCCAGAGUAACAGCCAGUUCCAGAAAAUAUCAGAGGAGCUGAAAGUCAAAGGAACCCACAGUUUUGUCACCAUGGAAGCGUUGCUGUAUAAACCUAUAAACCGAGUUGCCCGAAGCACCAAUGUGUUACAAGAUCUGUUGAAGCACACGCCGACCGAUCACCCCGAUUACCCGCUGCUCCAGGACGCCCUUCGGAUUUCCCAGAAUUUCCUCUCCAGCAUCAAUGAGGACAUCGAUCCUCGUAGAACGGCCGUCACUACCCCGAAAGGAGAGAACCGCCAGCUGGUCAAAGAUGGCUUCUUGGUGGAGGUGGCCGAAGGGUCUCGCAAGCUGCGCCACGUUUUCCUUUUUACGGACGUUUUGCUCUGCGCCAAGUUGAAGAAAACGGGCGUCGGGAAACACCAGCAGUACGAGUGCAAGUGGUACAUCCCUUUGGCGGAACUGGUCUUCCCGUCCUUGGAAGAGUCCGACCUGUGUCCGCACGUCCAAGCCAUGGCAGACCAGGACUUGGAAGACAUGAAAAUCAAAAUCUCCUCGAUGAAGAGCGAAGUGCAGAAGGAGAAGGCCAACAAAGGCCAGAGCCGAGCCAUGGAGCGCCUCAAGAAGAAAAUGUUCGACAACGAGUUUUGGCUGCUGCUCAACUCGCCCUCCAUCCCCUUGCGCAUCCACAACCGCAACGGCAAGAGCUACCUGUUCCUUCUGUCCUCGGACUACGAGCGUUCAGAGUGGAGGGAAGCCAUCCAGAAACUGCAGAAGAAAGAUCUCCAGACUUUUGUGCUCAGUUCUGUGGAGCUGCAGUAUCUGAUGGGAUCCUGUUUCAAGCUACGGACUGUCCACAACAUACCUCUGACCAGCAACACCGACGAUGACAAACUUCAAGGAAUGUGCGGCUUUUUACACGUCAUUCUCCACUCGGUCAAGGGCUUCAAGCAAUCUGCCAACCUCUACUGUACUCUGGAAGUGGACUCUUUCGGGUAUUUUGUCAGCAAAGCCAAAACACGAGUUUUCCGGGAUACAACGGAGCCACAGUGGAACGAGGAAUUUGAGAUCGAGCUGGAAGGCUCCCAGUACCUGCGCAUCCUCUGCUACGAGAAAUGUUACGACAAGACCAAACUGAACAAAGACAACAACGAAAUUGUCGAUCGGAUCGUGGGAAAGUGGCAAGUCCAGCUGGAGCCGCAGACGGUGCAGACCAAGAACUGGCAGGUUGAUGUGAUUGAGAUGAACGGAGUGAAAGUAGAAUUUUCCAUGAAAUUCACCAGCCGGGAUAUGAGCCUCAAGAGGACCCCCUCGAAAAAGCAGACCGGGGUCUUCGGAGUCAAAAUCAGCGUGGUCACUAAGCGUGAGCGAUCCAAGAUCCCCUACGUUGUGCGCCAGUGUGUGGAGGAGGUGGAGAAACGGGGCAUUGACGAAGUCGGCAUCUACCGGAUCUCAGGGGUGGCCACCGACAUCCAGGCCUUGAAAGCCGCCUUUGAUUCCAACAGCAAAGAUAUCCUGGUGAUGCUGAGCGACAUGGAUAUCAACGCCAUCGCGGGGACCCUGAAGCUGUACUUCCGCGAACUGCCGGAGCCCCUCCUCACAGACCGGCUCUAUCCGACUUUUAUGCAAGGCAUCGCGUUAUCGGAUCCCUCGGCCAAGGAAAACUGCAUGCUGCAUCUUCUACGCUCCCUCCCGGACCCCAACCUCAUCACCUUCCUCUUCCUCCUAGAACACUUAAAAAGGGUUGCCGAGAAGGAGCCCGUCAACAAAAUGUCCCUACACAAUCUGGCCACCGUCUUCGGCCCGACGUUGUUGAGACCCUCGGAAGUGGAGAACAAGGGCCACGUCACUUUGGCCUCGGACAUCUGGUCGCAUGACGUGAUGGCGCAGGUCCAAGUGCUGCUGUACUAUUUGCAACACCCGCCCAUCUCCUUCGCCGAGCUGAAGCACAACGCGCUCUACCUAUCCACGGAUGUGUAGUGGCGGGCAGUUCCGCGGCCGUGAUCACCGUCUCCGUUUUUCGAAGCGGAAGGAAGGGUUCCCCCCCACCCCCCGGGCAGAGGCGGCUUCUGGACGCUGACAACCCCCCCACACACUCCCCAAGGAGGGCUUUAGGCUCUUCUGGAUGGGGGGGGGGACAAUUCUGCCCGCUGCAGCCCCCCCAGCCACACACCCACCCACCCGGAUUGUUUUGUACAAGUCUUUUCCCAGCCCCUCCCCGCCUCCCUCCGAGGAGUUCCGCUCUUUUGUUUUCUGCACAAGGGCCCCCCUUUCCGCACCUUGACACGGGGCCCGGAGUCGUUCGGACGCCCCUCCCUUUGGGCCGCAGAAAGGAAGCGAGCCAUGGACAAGGGAUCGGGGCCCCGGCCUUGAGCGGACGUCCUGCGCUUUUCCCCAGAAAGUUGUCAUCUUCUGGGCUGCACCGAGCGCCAGAGCAGCCCAGCCUCUCCUGGCGUCUCCCUUGCGGCUUCUUCUGUUCGCUCCGUCCGUGGCUGUUGCAUGAAUGGUACUUCGGCUUUGAUUUUGCGUCUUCCUUCCUUUCUUCCUCUCCUUCUUCCGUUCUCCUUCCCUCUCCUUUUCCCUCUCCUUCUCUUCUCUUCUCUUUUCUCCUUUUCCUUCUCCCUCUUCCAUUCUCCUUCUUUUCCUUCUCCCUUCCUCUCCUUCUCUUCUCUUCUUUCUCUCUUCCAUUCUCCUCCUUUCCUUCUUUUCCCUCUCCUUCUUCUCUUUUCUUCUUUUCUCCUUUUCCUUCUCUCUUCCAUUCUCUUCUUUCCCUUCUUUUCCCUCUCCUUCUUCUCUUCUCUUUUCCUUUUUCCUUCUCCUUCUUUCCUUCUCCUCCUUCCCUUUUUUCUUCUCUUCACCUUCCCCCACUUUCCUCCUACCUCUCCUUUUUCUUCUCCUUCCUUCUCCUACUCCCUCUUCCCUUCUUUCUUCUCCCUCUCCUUUUCCUUCUUCUCUUCUUUCACCUUCUUCCUUCUCUCCUCCUUUUCCCUGGUUCUGUUUCCCCUUCUUCCCUUCUCCUCCCUCUUUUCUUCUUUUGUCUUUCCUUCUUCUCCUCUUCUCUUUGCCUUCUCCAACCUUCUCUUCUCCUUCUGUUCUCCUUUUUCCUUCCUUCUCUUCCCUUCCCUUCUUCUCUUCUCUUUCCUUCUCCUCUCCUCUCUUCUCCUGCCUCUUUCGCUCAGUUUUCUUGGCUGGUGGGUCCAGCACCUGUCCUCGGCGCGCUCUUCCUCCAUCAAGGCAAGUUGUAAGGUGUCAAAUGGAGGUCUCAAGGAGGCCUAGUCUGACCCUGGAUUUUAUCCCGGGUUAUUUUAUUUAUUUUUUUUUAAUUUUUGUGGGAGGGGCGGGUGUGUGCUUCGCCCUGCCGUUCUCAUCCAUCGGCUUUUGGGCGGCCCACGGCGCAGCUGAGCACCCGUGCUUAGCUCCCCAAGUUCGUCUCGGAAGGUACUCUUACGGUGGCAGCAGAAUGAAGAGGCAGUGGCUUUCCUUGCUAGCCUUAGACGUGCUGGAUGUGGUUUGUGUGUGUGUGUUCGUGUGCAAGAAAGAGAGCCGAUCCAAGUCUCCCGAUCAUACUUCAGUGAGUUGUUUGGAGCGAACUCGGCCUUCAUCCCAAUAAUGCAAAACAGGAUUUAUUGGGGGCGGGCAACUAAAAUUCAGGAAUAUGCAGCUGGCUGAGAAGCUGAUUCAGGAGGAUGGGAAGAGGAAGUGGGGGGGCUUUUACUGAACCCCAACUCGGCUGCCAAAUAGGCGUUUUCGGGCUGGCCUCUACAAUUCUUCCAGCCGAAGCCCCUGCCCCCCCCCAACAUUGGCACGUAAAUCUGGCCAUGGUGCAAAACGGACAUCCUCUUAUCCAGUGCGGCUGACCGGGGAGGGGGAGCUCCUGAGAAAUGGGCUUUAUUCACCCCCUUUUAAGAAAGAGACAACCCCCCAAAAAAAGUUUCCUUUAAAAUGCAGCCAAAAAAAAACAAACACGCCCCCAACUUCAAAAAACGAACCAUGCCUCCCCAAUCAAACCAGGAUCAGAAACAACCAGGAUCAGCCCAGAAACUGAGUUUGGUAGGUCCAUAAGGGGUGUUGUUUUGAGCUGCACAUCCAUUUGUUCGGUCCGAAGGACCCAGGGAGGGGAUAGAAACUGAGCAACGUCCCAUACUAUAAUUUAAUUUUAUUUUUUUAAAAUUGUAAGUGGCAUGGAAUCAGCUGUGUGCGAACUGGGCGUCCAUAUAAAUUUGUUAGUAGAUGCAGGUAGUCCUCGACUUACGACCUCAACUGAGGGAGCCCAGCAUUUCUGCUGCUAAUUGGUUCAGUUUUUCGCCCCGUUUAACCACCUUUUUUUCCUGCGGUUGUUAAGUGAACCGACACAGCUGUGAAGGUAGUAAGGUGGUCGUUGAGCGAAUCUUGGCUUCCUUGCUGAGACUUUGCUUUGAGGUCGCAAAAGGGGGUCGCGUGACCCCCGGGAAACACUGCAACCGUCAUAAAUAUGAGUCAGCUGCCAAGCGCCUGGAUUUUGAUCGUGUGGCCGUGAGGAUGCUGCAGCGGUUGUUAAGUGGUGAAAAACAGCUGUUGAAACUGAACUGUCGUAAGUCAAGAACUAGCUGGAUCCCUGGGGUGCCCUGCUGACACCGCCCCCACCCCGGCAGGACCAAAUUUCCUUGCCCUCAGGUGCCCCCCAACCAAAGAUGUUAUUCCCACAUCCGUCCUGCACAUUAUAAAGUACUCAAUAGAAACUGUGAGAGGGAUCUUGGUGUCCCAGUGGACAAUCGCUUAAAUAGGAGCCAGCCGUGUGCAGCAGCUGCCAAAAAAGCCAACACAGUUCUGGGCUGCAUAAACAGAGGGAUAGAAUCAAGAUCACGUGAAGUGUUAGUGCCACUUUAUAAUGCCUUGGUAAGGCCACACUUGGAAUAUUGCAUCCAGUUUUGGUCGCCACGAUGUAAAAAAGAUGUUGAGACUCUAGAAAGAGUGCAGAGAAGAGCAACAAAGAUGAUUAGGGGACUGGAGGCUAAAACAUAUGAAGAACGGUUGCAGGAACUGGGUAUGUCUAGUUUAACAAAAAGAAGGACCAGGGGAGACAUGAUAGCAGUCUUCCAAUAUCUCAGGGGCUGCCACAAAGAAGAGGGAGUCGGGCUGUUCUCCAAAGCACCUGAGGGUAGAACAAGAAGCAAUGGGUGGAAACUAAUCAAGGAGAGAAGCAACUUAGAACUAAGGAGAAAUUUCCUGACAGUGAGAACAAUUAACCAGUGGAACGACUUGCCUGCAGAAGUUGUGAAUGCUCCAAUACUGGAAAUUGUCUGAAGUGGUGUAGGGUUUCCUGCCUGCGCAGAGGGUUGGACUAGAAGACCUUUAAGGCACCUUCCAAGUUAUUCUAUUUUGCCCUCAAAGGGGGAGGUGACGACGUGUCACCGUUCAGGGACCAAAUAUAUCUGACUUGCUUGGUCAGAUUGCCCGGCUGGCUGGUUCGCUAUUGCAGGGGGUCCUAGACUUAUAACCACAACGGGGAGCAGAAUUUUCAGUUGUUUAAGCGAGCCGUGCAAAAUUUGACCCUUUUUUUUUUUUUUUUUGCCACGGUGGUUAAGCAAAUCACUGCCGCUGUUAAGUGAAUCAUGCGGUCGUUAAGCGAAUCCAGUUUUCCACCACCUCCCCUUCCACACACACCCCAUUGGCUCUGCUUGUCAGAAGCAGGCUGGGAAGGUCACAAACCAAAGCGGAUCGUGUGACCCCAGGAUGUAAAUAUUAUACCUGUUGCCUAAAUUAUGAUCACAGGGAAUGUUACAACGGUCGUAAGUGUGAGGAGAGGUCAUAAGUCCCCCCCCUUUUUUUUCCAGUGCUGUUGUAACUUCGCACAGUCGCUGAACGAAGCGUUGUUCCUGUGUGUCUGGCGAUCGCCCAGCAUUUUGUUCCUUUUGACUACACAGCUCCACGAUAAAGUCACUUCUACGAAAAAGAUAUGGAACAUUUUUCUCUCCCCUGUUGUGUUGUACACAACUGUCCCUUUUUGGGGGAGGGGGGUUUCCCCAGAAAAAGUGGGAGGCAGGGAGAAGAAACAGGGGCUCUGGGAGCUACGACUGGCCGAGAACCUUUUUGAGCGAUAUCGGAAUUCAGAAAUAUGUACACAAACACAGAGAUGCGGUUGUGCGUGCGUGUAUUUGCAAGAUUAUGUGUAUGUGUGCGUAGUUCUGUUCUGUUGCUUUUUCUUUUUUUCCCCCUGUAGAUGACAAACUUCAAUGGAUGAAAAAAAAAAACAAUGUCAAAAGAUUAAAAGAUGUUAAUAAAUAGCAGAGACCAUAGGUUUGCAUACAUGA